AGAGAGAGAGAGAGAGAGCGAGAGAGACGAGGAGGGAGACACUGAGGCAGCAGGGACACGGUAACCUGCAAGAGGACUCAGAUGGUCCUGCAGCAGAGGAGCACAGACUACCGGGACACCCCACACCUCUUAACGUCACAUUCAGUUCGGCGUAUUCCACUUUUUUCAGAUAACGUUAACGUUACUCCUCCGUUUGUAUUCUAUUUGUUUCUCGCAGCCCAGUGUCGGUCGGACUUGGGCCGGUAAAGCAGCGCCAUGGCUCGGGAGAACGGAGACACCGGCAGAGGAGAGACGUGGAAAAAACAAGUCGACGACAUCAAGAAGAUUUUUGAUUUCAAAGAAGUCCUCGGCACAGGAGCGUUUUCUGAGGUGGUCUUGGCCCAGGAGAAGCUGACCGGACGGAUGUUUGCGGUGAAGUGCAUCCCUAAGAAGGCUCUGAAGGGGAAAGAGAGCAGCAUCGAGAAUGAGAUCGCUGUGCUGAGGAAGAUAAAGCAUGAGAACAUUGUGGCACUGGAGGACAUCCAUGAGAGCCCUGACCACCUCUACCUGAUCAUGCAGCUGGUGUCUGGCGGAGAACUGUUUGACAGAAUCGUGGAAAAAGGUUUCUACACUGAGAAGGAUGCGAGCACGCUGAUCCGACAAGUCCUGGACGCUGUGAACUACCUGCACAAGAUGGGCAUCGUACACCGAGACCUGAAGCCAGAGAACUUGCUGUAUUUUAAUCCCCAAGACGAGUCAAAGAUCAUGAUCAGCGACUUUGGUCUUUCCAAGAUGGAGGGCAGCGGUGAUGUCAUGUCCACUGCCUGCGGCACACCUGGAUAUGUGGCUCCAGAGGUUCUUGCCCAGAAGCCGUACAGUAAGGCGGUGGACUGCUGGUCCAUUGGAGUGAUUGCCUACAUCCUGCUGUGUGGUUACCCUCCGUUCUACGAUGAAAACGACUCCAAGCUGUUUGAACAGAUCCUGAAAGCCGACUACGAGUUUGACGCACCCUACUGGGACGACAUAUCAGACUCAGCCAAGGAUUUCAUUGGCAGUCUGAUGGAGAAAGAUCCAGCCAAGCGUUUCACCUGCGAUCAGGCACUCAGACACCCCUGGAUCGCCGGGGAUACAGCCCUCUGCAAGAACAUCCAUGAGUCAGUCAGCCGACAGAUCAAAAAGAACUUCGCCAAGAGCAAAUGGAGGCAAGCGUUUAAUGCCACCGCCGUGGUUCGGCACAUGAGGCGACUGCAGCUUGGCAGCAGCAUGGGGAGCAGCAUGGACGCCUCCAACCCGCCGACCAGGCCGAGCCAGACGCAGAGGCCGGCCCCGAGCCAGGCGGGCCAGAACCAGCCAGCUCAGAUCCAAAACACCGGCCAGGCGGCGCAGAGCCAGAGCGCCAACACAGCCGCCAGCAAAAGCUCUUCCACAGACAACAACAUAGCAGCUCCCCGCAAGGAAUGUGAAGCUGAACCGGCCACAUCCCGCCGCGGUCGCCGCGCCGGUGCUCACGGAGACCAAGUGACGCCAGGUCCCGCGGGGAACCAGCUGGGAGGCCACGGCGCUGUGAGGCAGAGAGACGGGAAGAGACGGAGGACGACUGGAGAGGAAGAGGAUCCCCUCCCUCCCCCCCCCAGCCCUCUUCUUCUUCGUUUCGCCCUCUCCUCACUGCAUUUCUACUGGGAUGCGCCACAUCCCCGCCCCCACCCCGCCCCCCCAGCAAGUUCCCCGCACUGCUCCCGGGAGAGCAGAGGACUUUACCUCUGCCCCACCGACACAAGCCACACGGCGCCGUACUGUAUGUUCGCCCGCCAAUCAAACAGACGCCGUGUAGGAUUCCUCCUGACUCUUCAUUGAGGAAGUCCGUACGGCCGUCUGUGAUUGGUUGCUGUUUAAUGAUAAAUGGGGUGUCGACUGCUGCGAGCUGAAGCAGUUAAUUGUUGGUUCCCGGUGGGGCCGUUGGUAUCAUAUUAUUCAAUGUCAGUCAACAUCAACUUCCCUCUUGAAUCUGGUCUUUCCUUCGACACUUUAUUUUAUUAUUUUUAAUUAAUUAAUUAGGUUUGACUGUUGACACCUGGAUUGCUUUUUUUUAUUAUUACUGUUAAUGUUAAAGGUGGUAUGUGUAACGUUUAAAAAGCAAACCCAUUGUUGUCAAUUUGAUAGUGCUACUUUGGUAUGAUUACUGGAAAAUAACACGACCAUCGCAGAGACGAUUAGUCUCUGCCCAACCAGCAGAUUACCUCCAAAUCUGACCUGGUGACGGAGGCUGAUAGGUCUUCCUAGUGAUGGUCUGAUUAAUUUACACUAAUUGAACUAAUGUAGCAAUCUGAUGUGACAAGGAUGUCAUGUGAAAACGCUACAUAUUGCACCUUUGAGACAUGUUAUGUUAUGUCCUUAUGGGCUUGUUUGUCUGUUUGUGCUUUAUUAAGUGCUUUAAAAGUACCAUAUGACUGUUGAGAUGGGGAAACAUGACUAAGCGCUUUAUGUAUUUUGCACAAAGAGGGUCAGAGACAGAUUAGCCGCCAUCCACCUAUGUUUAUCAGAGAGUAGAGAUUGUAAAUCUUUAUAUAUAUUUAAAA